AUGAAAAACAAGCUUGCGCAAACGUUGUCUCUGCUUAUGGUUCAAACAUACAGUCUUUCCUCAUCGUACUCAUUUCUCUCUGCUGCUCUAUCUCUUUGCACAACGCAUCCCUCGGCUGAUACUGACUCAGGACUCAAUGUCAUGGCGACAGAUCUAAUGAUGCGUGUGUUGCAUGACUUGUCGCUGAGCCUUGGUUCAGAUGCUACACUGCGCUCCGUUCGUGGAAAAGACCGUCUUCAACGGGAUGCACUCGUUCGGGACGAAAUCCGCACACACCAUGCUGCAAGCAUGGCCGAGCUCAUGUGGCGUGUGAUUCAGGACUCGUUGCGUACGUUGCAGAUCCCCGAUGCUGGUGGCACGACGACCGCUUCUUCACCGCAACAGCUGACAGCUGGCAAUGCUGGUCCCUUGGCCUCCGUGGCGAUGGCUGUCGUCGGCGACUAUGCCUCUUGGAUUGAUAUUUCGCUUGUCGUGACAAUCGACACGGUGCAAAUAUUGUACAAUGCGCUCGAUGCACAGCACAUGCCACUCCGCUAUGCCACAGCUGAUACAUUGUGUGAGAUUGUGUCGAAAGGCAUGAAGCCGGCAGACAAGCUGGGGCUUAUCGAAUGCCUUCGCCUCGACACAGUGCUUACACAGCUGGAAUUGUCAACACGUGGACAGGGCGAAGCACAAACAGAGCUGCGAGAGCACCUGGCGCGUCUUGUAAAUGCCUUGUGUACAGAGCUCUGCAAGAUCGCUGAGGAUACCACCGGUGCCCAGGCUGAUACACGCGACGCCGCGCAUACUAAGCUGCUCGUCUUUCUUCAGCCAGCACUCUCGUUCCUGGCAGAUGAAUACGAUGAGCCGGCUGAGCAGGUCUUGCCAUGCCUGCAUCUCGUGCUGAGUCUGUACAAGAAGACGAAGCGGCAAAACGAGAACAUGGGCCUGCCCUCACUCAGUGCGCCAACAUUGGAAUUCGUGACUCAGCUUAUCGCAUUGGCACUACAGAAACUCAAGUUCGAUGCAGACAUUGAUUGGCAGGAUUCGUCCCUUGUCGGUGGACCUGCUGAUGCGGACGCAGACGAGUCGGAAGAUGACGACGAACAGCUCGUUCGUUUCUAUGAACUGCGGAAGCAGCUGCAAGUGAUCCUUGGGGCAAUUGCAGCGAUUGAUGAGCCACUUGUCUCUAACACGAUCCAGACACUUGUCGCCAACACACUCGGCUCCGUUGCUUCUCCCACAGAGCUACCCUGGGAACAGGCGGAAGUGUGUUUGUAUGCAGCCUUUUCUUGCGGCGAAAUUCUUUCGUCUAUACGAGGCAACAAAAUUGGACUCGGUGCACAUUCGUAUGUACAAAUCCCGUCGGAACCUGGCAAGGCGCCUGCACGCAACGUGCGGCAGUCACUGAGCGUGUACCAGGCGCUGCCACCUAACACACUAGGCGAGAUUCUCCAGCUGCUCUUCCGCUCCCGUAUCGGGGAUCAUGCACACCCUGUUGUACAGCUGCAGUAUUUUGAAUGCGUGGUGCGGUAUGCAUCGUGUUUCGUCUUAUGGUCCGACCUGCUGCCCAAUGCUUUGGAAGCAUUCUUGGACCAGCGCGGUUUGUGUCAGCCACAUUUGGGCAUGCGCCGGCGGCUGAAUUACUUGUUUUAUCGCUUCGUUCGCGACACUCGCACAGCUAUACCGUCGGAGAUCGUGCCGCGACUGCUCGAGAGCUUGCCGCUUGCUGUGAAUGCCGUGCUACCGGAAGUGCCACCAGAGGAAGAUGUGCUUGUGAAAGCGACGGAAAAGGCAUCGGCAUUCGACAGCCAGCUCUACCUGUUCGAGUCAUGUGGAUUGCUUAUGUCGCAACUUGGCCAUGUGCCUGAAACGCAAGUGAUGCUCUUCAAAGCCAUGACCCAGCCCCUGGUUGAGCAGCUGCUACAGGUCGUGCAGGCGUUUGGCGGAGAUCCAGACAACUUGCAGCUUGUGCUGCAAGUGCACCACUUGAUCCUUGCUUUAAGCACCAUCACCAAAGGAUUCCCGGAUUACGACAUGAACCGGCCGACUGAACCUGCAUGGAUUGAGGAGCUCAAGCCUAUCACGGAGCAGAUUCUUCUGGCCCUGACGGCACUCAAUCGGUUCAGCAUUGUGCGUGAAGCAGCUCGUGGUGCGUUCGCACGGAUCGUGACGUCCGCAGGUCCUGCCGUCCUGCCAUACAUACCCACCCUGAUUCAUGCACUUGUGCAUCAAGUGACAGAAGCCGAGCUUGUAGACUUGCUCAACUUCUUUGGGCUCAUCACGCACAAGUACAAGGACAAUGUUCGCAGUGUGAUGGAUGAUGUGUUUGGCGUGCUUGUCACGCGCAUCUUUUCGUUCCUGAACCAGGGGAUCCAAGGAACCGAUGAUAUGGUGCGCCGCUCUGAUACCGAGCGCGCGUACUUUGGCCUCGUACACGCGCUCCUGUCUGCCGGGUUGGACGAUGUGCUUGUGUCAGAAAAGAACCAGGGACAACUUGAGUCAGUACUGCAGAGCCACGUGUACUAUGCGAGUCAUGGCGAGCCAGUCACUCAGCGCGCUGCUAUCAGUGCACUUGCCUGGCUUGUGCAGCUGUGGGCGCGUCCGAGCGAGAAGGCGAUUCCUGGGUUCGAGCAGUUCGUGUACGAUGCCAUCCUGCCGUUGGUGUUCCAAGUGCCUACCAAGCCCUCGUUCGAUCAGUCGGACGCACAGGCCCAGCUCGUUCUUUCAGAGUUGGCUGGCUUGCUCAAAUCGCUACACACCGCUCGCGGCGACGAAUUUCUUCAUUAUCUCUCCUCUAUAUACCUGCCGGGUGUGCAGUGCCCGCCUGAGCUUGCAGUGGAGCUCACCAAAAAUAUCCAAUCUCUGGAUGUCAAGCCGCUCAAACGCUACCUGGACACGUUCAUUGCUCAGUCUCGAGGCGGUGCGUAA